AUGGUUGGCACAAAGCGACGACGCGACGCCGACGACGAGAACGACGAGAAUGACGCCACUCCACAAAAGCUGCGUGCUCGCAUCGACAAUGACGCCCUAGAAAAACAAGACCACGACCACGACCACGACCACGACCACGAGCCCCCCGAGGCCCACACGCCGUCGAGAAGGGGGAGGACACGUCUGGCCGAGCAUGCCACCCCGCGCUCCAUCCUGAAAAAGACGGGCUUGCCCAAUGGAGUUGCUGCCACCCCACGCUCCACGAGGAAGCUGCUCUUCGAAACUCCGACCAAAUCCGCCAAACGCGACUCCCCAGACGCCACCCCGACCCUCGUCCGCAACGCCGACCGAAGCGCCCGCAGGAAGAGCAACAGGCGCAUCCUCGAGCGCACCCUGAAUGGCCUGGACAGCGACGAGGAUGCCGAGGACGAAGAGGACGAGCUUGCCCAGCAGAUUCUGGAAGAGCCAGCCGACGAUGCAGAACAGCCCGCAGACGAAGCCCCCCAAGAAGAGGCCCCUGUGCCCGAGACGCCCUCGAAGCGUGGAAGGGGUCGCCCCAAAGGCUCAGGCAAAGUAGGCCGCCCGCGAAAGCAGCGCUCGCCCACGCCGCCCACCGAACUGCCUGCCCACGAAGAGUACUUUUGGCAGAACCGCCCCGCAGGCUCAAAGACGUCCAACAACACCCUCUCCGCACAGAGCCUGCUCAACCACGACGAGUACUUUCAAUCAAUCCAGUCGUACCAAGACCCCCACCAGCCCGAGAGGGACUUUCUGUCAGAACUGCACGGCCGUGCAUAUGACCAGUGGAUAUUCCAACUCGAAGAGGGCUUCAACAUUUGCCUCUACGGCUACGGCUCCAAGCGCAUCAUCACCCAGCGAUUCAUGGCUCACUUCUACCAUGCCCUCCUCGACCGCGCCCCCUACAGAGGAACAAAGAAGACGCCCAAGAUAGCAGUCGUAAACGGCUAUGCCGCUGGCACAACCAUCAAGGAAGUCUUGAUCACAGUCGCAUCGGCCGUUGUGCCUGCGCAUCUAAAGCUUCCCAAUCAGCCCACCGCACUGCUCGACUUUCUGCUGGACCAUCUCACAAACAAUCCACCGCCCCAUGCAGUGCCCGUCAUCUUGAACUCAAUUGACUCGCCCUACCUUCGCAAAGGCACCCUGCCGUCCAUGCUCGCCCGAUUAGCCGCCCAUCCCUCCAUCAGUCUCGUAUGCACAGCCGAUACGCCCCAUUUCCCUCUGCUAUGGGAUGUUGGUCUCAAAACACAAUACAAGUUUUUAUUUCACGACGCAACUACAUUUGCGCCAUACGACGCUGAGAUAGACACUGUUGAGACUGUAAAUGAGCUUCUGGGCCGCAGCGGCAGGCGAGUGGGCGGCAGAGACGGCGUGGGCUUCGUAUUGCGCUCACUGCCCGAACAGGCCCGCGAGCUGUUCCGCAUUCUGGUCAUGGAACAGCUGGCUCUAUCUAUGAUGGAGGGUGCCGACAUGGACCAAGACGACGUUGCUGCGACGCCAAAGUCCAAGGGGGCACAAGCAAAGAACCCACCGCCAGAAUCCAACCAAGGCGUCGAGUACCGCGUGCUGUAUCACAAAGCCGUCGAGGCAUUUGUAUGCACGAGUGAAGUCAGCUUCCGAACACUGCUCAAGGAGUUUCACGACCAUCAAAUGAUAGAAAGCAGGAAAGAUGGCAUGGGCACAGAACGGCUAUGGGUCCCGUUCCGCCAGGAAGAGCUCGAAGGUCUUGCCGAAGACCUCGCGGGAGAGGCUUUUUAAUUGCCAUCUAUGUACAACACGUUAAUCCAACCGCGCCAUGCAUUAACACGAGCAUUACAAAUACAAUUCGCUUGCUCCUGCACUUGGUCCUGGUGGGGCCAUCCACAUCCACAUAUGUAGCGUCGUCGAGGUGCGGGCAUACGCCGGCAGUUGACCCGGCCUUACAAGAAAUUUCUCCAGCCCCACCAUCCACGUCUACCCGGAAUGUCAGCUUCACAUCACGCACUUUCUGCACACAC